GCUUGGCGCAUUCCAUUCCUUUCAAGUCGGUGAAUGGUGCUCAACCUGAAUCGCUGGCACACUUUUAAACCUUGUGAUCAUUCUUAAGGCAGUUGAGGGGCUGAAGUGUUGGUUGGCUUCUUCACCGAGGGCUUGGAUGACUCCAACGGCGCCCCCGCUUAAGUAGGUGGCUGCACACCGGAAGCUGGCAUUGUCACUCAGGCCGUUGUGUUUGGUCAAGAAAACGGUCCUGAGAAUUAUAUAGUCACGACAGUACAUCCGGCACCCCCACGCUGAAACGGCACAUCUGACAGUAAUAUCGAGAAGGUGAUGAUGGGGGAGGGUGAGGUGCGCGCACCUGCCCGCGAGACCAUGAGCUGGUCAAUAAGAAAAACUGACAAGUCCUGCUACACCACACCAACAAACCGCUUCAACUGCAUGUUGAGUCAGUCGGGUUGCUGUGACAGAAGCUCUGCGCGCAAAAGUCAGGGACUCGAGGGACGGUUCCAAAUAGAACAAAAGUUAGACGUCUUUGCGGCAUCAGGCGGUCGGUGGACAACCCGAAAAGUGCACACCUCAGAUCCACGGCUCCCCACCAGUGCCAAGCGCCUCGCCAACUGAUCCCACCGCCCUCUCCCCGCCCGCCCUCCAGCCCUUUUAACACCCGAGAUCUCGCUCGGCUCGCCACAUCCAUACAUGCCGCUAUCUGCGCUCAAGCUCCCCCCCCUCGGUCUCACACGACGCAACAUCUCACCACCCGCUGUCUCCGCUCCCGGGCUUGGUUCGAAAUACCCUCUCUUUUGAAAACACCCCUCGGCCGCACCCCGAGACUUGAAGCUGUCUUUUCUGAUUUGGCAGCGACUUCGUCGCGUGCCCACCCCUGUCUGAUUGACCACGACCCCUCGAUCGAUCCGGCGCCGCAGUCUGCACCACCACCUAGCGGAGGCCCAACAUCUCCCUCCUCGCCGCAGCCUGUCCACGAACCUCACCGGCGCUCGACACAAUGUCGACGUCCAACCUGGGCGAGUUUCGCCACAUGCGCACCGGCAGUCUCAACAUUCCACCACAAGCCGGUCACUCGAGUGGUGGUGGGAUAAUGGCUCCCAUGCCCGCCGCCGCCCAUCGCUUCGAUGCAUCACGAAGCCCACCCAACACCUCGCACGUCCCAUGCAAGUUCUUCCGACAAGGCGCCUGCCAGGCAGGCAAUGCAUGCCCCUUUAGCCACGACCUGAGCUCGGCCGCCGAAAACGUUUGCAAGUACUUUGCCAAGGGCAACUGCAAGUUUGGCCCAAAGUGCGCCAAUAUCCAUGUGCUCCCCGAUGGUCGCCGCAUCAAUUAUGGCAAGAACGGUGUGACGAUAGGUGUUCCCCCCGGAGUCGCCCUCGGUGCCCGCGUGAACCCGACGACAUACCAUCAGCCGGCCAGCAGUGCCUUGACCAACUCUUUUAUGCGCGCAGAUUCUCCAUACAACGCCACGGCGUUUGCGCUACAAGAUGAACUCUACAGCCAUCAGCUGGCUCUCGAAAGCGGCGUGCCCACGAUCGACACCACCUCGUACACUUCCAACCCUGCUUCCGCCUACGGAUCACCACGAGACGAGGAGCCAAACCGCUUUGGACUGGGUCUUUCUCCCAACAUCAAAGGACUUUCGGUGCUGGAUGCUCCCCUUCCGGCGUCAUUCGACAGCAACGGGAUCUCACAUGCGGCCAGGGGCGGUCCUUGGCCAUCUUCGGUCCCGGCCCAGUUUGGAUUGGACUCGCCUUCCUCCUCACUCAGUGCCGCCAAGAGUGGUCGUACUUCGGAUGCGUUGAGGCACUUGCACGCGUCUGCCUUUGGAAACAGCCACCUGUCACCGUCAGGACUUGCAACACAGGACAUCUCAGGCUUUGGUAGUAGCCCACCUUCCGGUUCUCUUGGAUUCAGCUCGGCGCUGGGUGGUGAUGAGUACUUUGGAAAGCGGCCUAUGCACAGCAACGCUUCGCGAUUCGCCAAGAUCCGCAUGAUGAGCAGCAGCGUGCCUAAAGUCGACAUGGAUUGGGAUGAUUCCGAACAGUUCCUCUUUGAGGAAGAUUAUGUGCCAGGCACGCUGGCCAACGAGGUGCUGACGCCGACAGAGAGGGCGAGGAGGGGCUCUACAACCAACACAAUCCGUGGAAUGGACGCCCUCAACCGUGAGACAAUCGCCGAAUCCUGCCCGCCUGCCCCCAUCACCAAGUUCGGCACUCCCAUUCAACCUUCCAGCCCUGGCCGCUGGGGUCCGUUGUGGGGGAGGCAAAAGGAGGAUGACGGCCACCUGGAGACGGGCCGGUCUUUUAAGCACGCCUCGGCAUUCGGCCAUGUGGGAAGCCCGCUCCGAAACUCGAGCCUUGCCAGCGCCAUCACAUCAGGGCUGGAUGGAAACACGGUGGGAGUGUCGGCCCUGACUCAGCAGCUUCGAGACACCCAGCUGUCCGACGACGGUUCGGCUGAUUCAAGCCCCCAUAUCCGGCCCAAUGUUCCACGCAAUGCCAACGGAGCAGGCAUCAUUGGCGAAUCCAGGGAUAAGGAUGGGGGGCUGGCAAGACAUGUCAGCAGCACCUCAAUAGGUUCGAGCGCUACUGGGCGCUUCAAGUCCCCAAUGGAUGAAGAGGAGGCCGCAUUUGUGUUCAGCAUGGACGAUGAAGAUGAUGCCCAGGCGAGGGCUCGCAAGCGUGGAACCGGAAACCAACAAGUGAACAGUACUGCCAGCCCUCUGAGUGCCGCUGCCUGGUCCAACAGCUACGCCACGGUUGUUGCCAAUAACAGAUCUACCGGGACCAAUGGCGAAGGCAACAGCGGCACUGGUGCUGUUGAAGCGGUCGGUGGAAGAUAGUGCUUUGGCUUCAGGAGUUUGGGUUGGUAGGCACAAAAAGAGCAAAAGAAAAAAAGGCAAGGGAAUAGACCAACGUUGAAGCGGAGCAUGAUAACAAAGGAAUUGCAUCGUCUGCAGCGUACUUUUUACAUAUAUAGCUGCAGCAAGGAUCUCAAGGGGCAUAGCGUGGUGUGGUUAGGUCACUCUUGAGGGAGGCAUACAUCUCGACACAAAUUGCCUGAUACUGUCAGGAUUUGACUUGUGGGUAUAGCCAUCUUGUUUCUUUGUACCACUCUCUUUUGUCUGGAUAUGAACGGUGUAGGAAAUCGGUCGGGGCGGUGUUUUGUUUUUACUCGUUCUUUGCAGGCUCUCGAGUUCUUUUUCAGGAGUGUUUUACCACAACGUUGUCGUUGCUCUCCCAGGAAACAUAUCACACAUGCAUCUCGACUCCCAAAUCCGUUUCCUUUCUGGUUGAAGUUGCGGUGUUGGUGUGGCCACGUGAGAAACUUCGAGGAUCAGGUAUCGACAAGGAUAAAUGUAAUGGCAGUAUAUGUAUACAGAGGCAGUCGAUCGCUCAGUACAUGGAAGCAGAGAAUAACCAAGAGCUGGUUGGCGGUGAAGUAGAGUCUGGGCCCUAUGGAUGCCAACAUGGGUUUCUUGCCAUGUAGGUUGGAUACCUAGAGAUAUUUUAUACAGAAUCGA